AGGGAGGAGAACUCUGGUUUGGAGGCUGCUUCGGUCCUGCCACACUACCUCAUUGGACUGGACACACACAUACAGCAGCACAGCAAGAGCGCUGCACAGUACAUUCAGAGUGAUGUUUCAGAGAUCAAUGCCCUCGGUGGCCCUAGUUGCCACCCUUAUUCUGGUUUUGGGGUGUAACACCCCUGCGGUACAGGGGGACAGCUGUGCUAAGGAAGAUAUGAAAUUUGGGGGCAUAUGUUACAAGUUUGUCAAGCAGCCCGUGUCCUGGACACAAGCCCAGAAGUUUUGUAUCAGCAAAGGAGGGAAUCUGCUCCACUCUAUUGACGGAGAGACAAAGGAGUUCCUCAAUCAGCAUCUGGACCAGGACCAGGCAUGGUGGGUCGGGCAGGACCUGUCGGAUGGGGAGACUUCGAAAAUGAAACCAACAGGAGUUGUCCCUUCAGCCUCUGACAACGACUCUUUCUGCACCUACAUCAUCCUCCACCCCACUUUCCAGUUGGUGACCACAUCCAGAUGCAAUCUGAGGCUCUACUUUGUCUGCCAGAAAGAAUAUGAGGUAGAAAUCCGGAAGAGGCGUGACUCUAAUUCUGCACAGACAUCUAAUUUGGAUACAAAUGCAUUCGAGAGUCUCACUAUUAAUCAGCAAUUUCAGAGAGCUCUGAAUGCAACCAUGGAGAACAUGAGGAAACCAAACUUCAACAUCCUUGAGAGUGCCCAGGUGGCUGAGAAGUUUUUGAACUUGGCAGAAAAGGAAGUUGAAACAGCUUCAUUUACUCACAAGCUCCAGUACAUGAACAUCUUGCUGAACAGCUCUGCCAUGCUCCUUUCCAGAGAGGUCAUCCCAGAUUCGGGCCUAAACAAGACGAUUGAUUUUAUCAUCAAAGGAGCCAAUUCAAUCCUAAUAUCCUCCAGAUCUGUCUGCCCCAAACCAAAUUUCACUUCUAAAGAGAUUGAAAUACUGUCGGAUCUGUAUAUGAAGAUCAUUGAUAAUAUUGAUGAGGCAAAACUGAAUGCAGUUAAGCCUGAUGAUCCUCCCUUUAUCACCGAGACUUCAUUAUUCAGCUCCUACAUCUCCAGUGUAACAUUACAGGAUCUGGGCAACAAGAAUCUGUUUAUCAGUAACAAACAAGCAAGCUUUCUUUUGCCUGAUGUUGACAUCCUGAUGGCAAAAAUAAAGACGGACAAGCCAAUCAAAAUACGGAUGAUGAGCUUUAAUCAGAACCCCUUCACCUCGCCGUCAAAGGUGAACAUCACAGGUACCGUGGCCAGCCUGUCAAUGAAUACUGCUGGUGAACAGAUCGCCCUGAGCAACCUUACAAAGUAUAUUGAGUUUACCCUCCCCCGUCCAGAGAUUCAAAGCCCCCCCUCGACAUUUCUGAGCACCCCCGGGAACCCUAUCAUCAUCACCCUCAACAUCACCAAUCCCAAUGAUACAGUCAUUCUCACUGUGGAGCCCAGCAAAACCAUCGUCCUGCAGCUGCACCUGGCACGAGGGUUCGAACCCACCUCCAAAAAGUAUCACUUCACCACCGACCUGUCAUUUAAAAAGCCAGCUGAUUAUCGCUGGUUGCUGACUCCAGAGAUGCUGAAUUUAGGAUUGGGAACCUGGUACCUCAAGGUCACUCCAAUUAAUUACAUGGACAAGGAAAACCUGACCCUCAGGGUGAUGUCCUUCACCUCUCGUUGUUUGUUCUGGAAUCCGGGCAACCAGGACUGGAGCGACGAUGGCUGCAAGGUUGGCAUACGCUCUCAGCCAGGGGAGAUGCAUUGCCUGUGCAACCACCUGACGUUCUUUGGCAGCUCGUACUUCGUCAUGCCCAACACGGUGGACCUGUCGCGCACGGCCGAGUAUUUCUCCACGAUCAAUCAGAAUUAUGUGGUGGUGUUGCUGGUCUCUGCCUUCUACGCCCUCUACCUUGUCACAGUGGCCUGGGCCUGGUGGGAGGACAGGAAGGCGAUCAAGAAGAGGAACCUGACCCUGCUGACUGACAACAACCCCUGCGCUCAGUACCGCUACCUGCUGGCUGUGUACACGGGGCAUCGGCGUGGAGCUGGCACCUCUGCCAAGGUAGUGGUGACUCUGAGUGGCUCAGAGGGGGAGAGUGACCCCCACCACCUGACUGAUCCUGAGAAGCCUGUCUUCGAGAGAGGGGGGGUGGACAUGUUCCUGCUGACCACGCCCUUCUCGCUGGGGGAGCUACAGACAGUGCGGUUGUGCAACGACAACUCAGGGGACUGUCCUGCCUGGUACGUGGUCAAGGUGGUGGUUAAGAAUCUACAGACGACGCAGCGCUGGCACUUCCUGUGUAAUUCCUGGAUCGGCCAAGGGAAAGGUACAGGAGAACUGCAGAGGACCUUCACUCCCGCGCAAAAGAAUGAAAUUACCAGCUUCAGCAACAUAUUCCAUAGCAAGACGACGAGUGGGUUCAAAGAUCAGCACAUCUGGAUUUCGGUUCUAGACCCACCCCAUCGCAGCCCCUUCACCCGGGUCCAGAGGGUCUCCUGCUGCAUGUCCCUCCUGCUCUGUACCAUGGCUGUCAACAUCAUGUUCUGGAACUUGCCUGUCGACCCUGACUCCCCUGUCGUCUUUAAGUUUACUAGCGCAUUGGUGUUCACCAGCCAAGAAAUAAUGAUCGGAGUUGAGAGCGCGCUUCUCAUGUUUCCCAUAAACAUCCUCAUCAUCACCAUCUUUCGCAGUAUCAAGCCAAGAGAUCCCAAUUCUAAGGAAAGCAAAGACAGCCUUCCGAAGAAGAGCCCGUGCCCUCAGACACCGUCCGAGGCCUUUGAAACUCUCCUUACGGACACAAAGAUGCUAGUGGAUGUUCUCAGUAAAAAUAAAAAGAACAAUGUGCCACCACUGGAUGGAGCUCUUACUUCUGGGACUGACUUCAACACCGCCCUGGACCUCGUUGAAAUGUUUAUCCUGCAGUUACAAGGAGAAAAGAACCCCAGUGAGCCGCACUGGAUCCAUGCCAGUCGAUAUGUGUGCCUCAGCCUACUGCACUUGUCUAAGGGUCUUGAAAAGGUGGGGCCAGAAUUUUUCCCAUCCCCUGAGGCCUACAAUUACUCCGCAAACAGAGUCAAACAGAUGGUGGAGUACCUGGACCAGGUAUGCACCAAGCAAGCCCCGGACAGGCCCCCGCCACCACCCAGCUCAAAGAAAAAGAAGGACAAAAGUUGCAGCCUGCCCUGGUGGUUUGUGUUUAUUGGGUGGCUCAUGCUGGUGUCCAUUAGCGUCAUCUCCACCUUCUUCACCAUGCUGUAUGGCUUUAAAUAUGGGAAAGAGUCUUCCAUCAAAUGGGUGCUCUCCAUGGGGCUCUCGCUGUUUCAAAGUAUCUUUAUUCUGCAGCCGCUGAAGGUUCUGGGCCUUGCGAUUUUCUUUGCUCUGAUCCUGAAGCGAAUGGAUGACGAGGAAAGUGAUGAGGUGGAGAAAAUUCUCUUAGAACAAAACUGUUCCUGGGAGCAAGUGAAAAGAGGACUGUAUUCUGGGGACAAAGGACCAUAGGAAGAUGUCAAUGUCUUGCUUUGCAGAUCUCAAUAUAACUAGCAGUCUUUUUCAUAAAGUCUACUGGUGAACCUUGUUGCUGUUUUCCACAUAUUUACUGUGUCUCCUGUAAAACCUUGAGUUUUUAAAAACUGAAAUGUUACACAAUAUCCACCAAACAUACGAACCAGUAGCAGUCCACGGGUUAAGAAAAAUAAAUAAAAUGGCUAAUAAAUAUGACUUAUUUGCGUUUUAAAAUAUGUAUGUUAAAAUAGUAAGGCAUUGUUAUGCAUUAAUAUAUUGGAUAGAUAAGUUAUGUAAAUGAUAGUUAUAGACUGGAGAGGAGGGCUAUAGUGGAAAAUUAUUGACCCAAGGGAAGACUAUUGUUACUGACAGGGGGCUAUGAUGCCCAAAGCCACAGAAAUCUUCCCAAGGGGCAUUUCAUUUUCCACUAUGAGCUGAGUCUGCAGUACAUAUUUAAUAUAUGAAUCAGUCAAGAAAAUAAGUGAGGCAAGGUUGGAUAGUAAAUAAGACUUUAUAUAUUUUGUUUAAAUAUAGCUAAUACAGCAUAAGUAAAUAAAUAAAUAGCAGAAAAUGAUUUUGAAGUUGAUACCGCAUACAGUAAUUAUAUACGUUUUUUUGGCGCCCAAAUAUAUUUUUUUCUACCUUUUAACAAAAAACAGAAUUUAAAAUGUCUAUAUUAGUUCUGACCCCCUACCACUGACCUCCAACCUUGUGUGUCGCUAGUUGUCAGAGACAUAUACAGCAUACAGUCUAACAACCAUGCGUCAUACAUCAAUAAACAAAUUAAUUUCCAUAUAGUUAAAGUUGUACAGAUAUCUCUGCUUACAAGACCAACAGCUUCAAACUUUUACAGUGGUGUAGUGCUAUAUUUAGAAGUGAGGGGUGCUCUCCCUGCCCAAGAGAAGUGGGGGCAGAGCCCCCCCCCCCCCCGACCCCCCAGCACUACACCCCGGAUUAGAACAUAAGGGAAGGACAUGGCAUUAAGGAUAAUGUGCUGAAUCUGUGAAAUAUUUAGGCAGUUAUCUCUUAUAACAUAUCUAUUUUCUAGCCUUAUUUCCUUAUUUGCAUUUGACUUAUUAUUAUUAUUAUUUUACAAAUAUAGUUUUCAAUUUGACUUUAUAGAAGAUCAAAUUAAGACAUGAAAAUAAUGUUUUAGCCUAUACCCUUACCAUAAAGUUCCUUAGAAACUUACUGUUUUUUUGCUAUGAUUUACUGUUGUAAAUCAUAGCAAAAAACAUAGCAAAGUGUAGUACAGCAUACUCGUAAAAUCACAGUGGAAGCACGGUAAAGUGCAGACAAGAAUACAUUAUCACUGGUUAAGAACAAUAAAAUGUUAUUCCUCACAGGGGCAAGAAAAUGUUUUCUGAAAAAAAGAAAGAAAUCUGGUCUCGGGUCUAGCAGAGGUUAUGGUAAACCAGCCUGACGUACUAUGAGAUACUGAGUUCGCUAGUUUUAAUAUUUCUUUUUAAUGAGCCCUCGUAGUUAAGGCUUUUGUUUUACACACAUAACAAUUGUUCGAAUGUUAUAAACCCUUUUCUUUUUGUUUACUAAGCUUGUAUGUGUAUAUUCUAAUUGAAAUAAAACCCCUCAUUUGACUCCCCCUGUCUCUCUGUGUGUAUUUGUUUAUUUAAAUACAUGUACUUUAUAUUCAUUUGGCGUAUGUCAAUUGAAUCAUCUCUUGCUCUUUGGUUUGCAGUAGUGUCUCUUGGACAGACUGUAAUUUAGUGAUAAUACAAUUUAAAAAAGGACAAAAAUACCAGAACCUGUGUCUGGAUGUCUGAUUAAAAAGUGCCGUGAAAACCCAGGUGGUCAAUCGAUCAGUACCUUUUACAGUUUGCCAUUAAAAUGCUGAUCUAUUAAGAAACAUGAUGAUGAUUUCAUAUUUAAAUGUGAUGAAUCCUAUGACAAAUUACAUUGUGUUGAAUUAAAUGGUAAAAGAAUGUUAGGGGAAUAGCAUUUCUGACAAACAAAAAACUCAUAUG